AUGGUCACUCCGCCUACGCCUGAAGACAAACAGAAGAAUGAUAAUAUUUUCAUGAAGGAAGAGCGUAGCCAAUCGGAUUCUGCUGUCGGUCAGAAAGUUGUCGGUCACGCGUCGUCUGAGCAGGAUGAGAACCCAAAGGACUGGUUGCGCCUCAAUACGUACGAUGCGGAAUCGAGGCGUGGAUCAGACUGUACUGGACUUAAACGGCAUAAGACUCUUAUCUCUCCCCGGCGCGUGGUCUCGUUGAAGCAGGAACUACCAAAAGAAAAGCAUUAUGAAAAAUCCAUUAAACUUUCUUUCUUUCUUUCUUUCUUUCUUUCUUUCUUUCCAAUUGACACUUCUACUUUUCUUUCUUUCUUUACCUUUUCAAUUUUCACUUUCUUUUCUUUCUUUUUAAUUCUUUUUUCACUUUUCUUUUUUUUUUUCUUUCUUUUCUUUCUUUAUUUUCCUUGCAUUGUCUUUCUUUCUUUUGACAUUUUUCUUUCUUUUCUUUCCAACUGA